AUGCAGUAUGGCGCUAAAGGUGAUGGCAAUGCCGACGAUACAAAGGCUUUUGAAAGAGCUUGGCAAGGUGUAUGUAAUGAUGACGGACAAAGGUCAACAUUAACUAUCCCAUUAGGCAAAACUUUCCUAGUGGGCCCAGUAAACUUUCAAGGCCCAUGCAAGUCCCCUGUUAUCCAUUUCCAGAUACGUGGUAUGGUUAUCGCCCCAGAAGACCCUAACUCAUGGAACGGCUGUGAAACCGGGGUAUGGCUACUAUUUUCGAAUGUCAACGGUCUAAUUAUGGAUGGUGGUGGUAUGAUCAACGGUCGUGGUCGCGCUUGGUGGACCAAAUCUUAUUUGACCUAUGAUAUCAAAAAUGCAUUCAAAUGUGCUGUGCCACCAUCGGCAUUGCAUUUUGAAAAUUGCAAUGGUCUACGACUAAGCCAACUUAAGCAUCGGGACAGCCCUAGAAACCAUAUUGGUCUAUCCAGAUGCAAUAAUGCGAGCCUCUCACAUUUAGACAUACUUGCACCUGCAAGUAGCCCAAAUACGGAUGGUAUAGACAUAUCAAUCUCAACCCAAAUACGAAUUCAACAUUCAGUGAUCAAAACUGGUGAUGAUUGUAUAGCCCUAAGCAAUGGAUCAUCUCAAAUCGAUAUUACUGGCAUAGAUUGCGGGCCGGGCCAUGGUAUAAGUAUCGGAAGCUUGGGCAUGAAUGGGGAAUAUAGUACAGUAGAAGGUGUAUAUGUGCGAAAAUGCAAUUUUUCUGGAACACAAAAUGGAGCAAGAAUCAAAACAUGGCAGGGAGGUUCGGGGUAUGCUAGAGAUAUCACAUUCGAGCAGAUCAAUCUUCACAAAGUGUAUAACCCAAUUCUCAUUGAUCAAUACUAUUGCCCUGGCAAACAUAAUUGUCCUAAAGGGUCGUCGGGGGUUAACAUUAGUGACAUAAGCUACAAGCUAUUUCAAGGGACAUCAAUUUCUCGAACCGCAUUAAAUUUCGAUUGCAGCAGCAACGUACCAUGCUCUGGCAUAUCUUUGGAUCGGAUAAACAUAACAUCCGCUGUGAACACACAACACACGAUUGCGUAUUGCAAUAAUGCGUACGGGACAAGUUCUUUCACAGAACCUAGUGCAACCUGUUUGUCACACUAG